UAUCAGAAACAAAAUAAUGAAUUACUCCAAUUAAUAGAAAACUUACAAAAUGAUAAUUAUACAUUAAAAUUAAAUAUGUCUUCUGGUACUUUAGAAAAUAAAGAAGUAUUAACAGAUUUAAAUGGUCUUGCAAUGAAUAGUCUAGUAUCUUUAGAAAAUGUAGAUAUAGAAAGUAUAAAGCAUGAAAACGAUACAUUAAAACAAUUUUUGAAAAAUAUCCGAGAAGAUUUGGGUUUAGUUAUUAUUGAUGAGAUAGAUGGUGGAGCGUUACUGAACUCUUUAAGUACACUUGAGUUCCAUGUACAGGAAAUAAAAAAUGAAAAUAAACUGUUAAAAAAUCAGAUUAAUGAACAUCAGAGAUUGAUUUCUUUGAAACAAUCUACUGAAUUGCAAACUGAUAAAUAUUCAAAUUUAAACAUACAAGAUUCAUCGGUUCAAGCUAUAGAAAACUUUGAAGAAAAUGAUGAAGAUAAGAAAAAAGUGUCUGAAGAUGUAUGUUUGAAGCAAUUACAUAAUUCAGAAAUGUCCACUUCGACAGAAAAUGGUGAUACAAAGAUUUUACUAGUUCGUUACAAAAAUUUAAAAUCUCGAUUCAAAGAAAGUCGCGCUAAAACCAUUGACUUGGAAAAAAAAAUUUUCAACUUGACAAAUGAUUUGGAAUGUGCAAAUUCUAAGUAUAAGCAAUUAAAUGACCAAUAUGCCAAUGAAAAUGAAACUCAUGAAGCAGAUAUAAUCCAUUGUCAGUCAGAAAUUGAAAAUCUCAUGAGUGAAAAACUUGAAGCCUAUCGUCAAUUGACGGCACUUAAGGAAAAACAUGAAAUAUUGCAAAAUGAUUAUGAUCAACUUAAAAGUAAUUUGGAUGACCAGAAUCCUUUAAAUGAUACAGAUACAACUUCUGUUCACAUGAGCGAACAAAAUACAGUUCUAAAAGGAAAAUUGAAUGAAACUCAACGUUUAAUUGAUUCAGCCUAUUCAAGAGUGUUCUGCGAAUGGCCACCAAUUGAAAAUGAUUCUGACUGGGUAGUUGUUCAAUCCAAAAAAUUAGAUAAAAUAGUCGAUGCUAGAUCUUCUGAUGGUAUUGAUGGUUUUAAUUUAGAAGAAACGGAAGUUAAACAGUUACAAACUUGCGUUCAAACUAUUCAUGAAUUAGUUUCUUCUAUUUUAACCAAUACAUCCAGUAUUGAAAUUUCUUCAAGUAAUGUACUAGUUGAUUUAAUGUCAGGCCUAAAAUCGUGCUCAGAAACAUUGUUAGAAUUAUUAUCUCUUAAAAAUAAUAAAUCCACCAACAAAAUUUGUACAGAAUUAUCUCAGGAUCAUGUUGUUCAAGAUAGUAAUUCAUUUUCCCCAGAAAAAUCAUCAAUAAAUGAAUCUUUAAAUUCAAGUGAAGAAGCAACACAAUCUUCCUUAUUAAGAAGUGGAGAAAACGAACAGCUACAGCGGUCCAUUGCUGAGCGUGAUCGAUUAAUUGAAUUUCUUUCAGUUAAAAUAUCAAAAUUAGAAAAUUUAAAUCGAAAUGUUGAUGAUAUAAGAUUAGUUCGAGACAAACUUGACAGAGCAUUAACAGCUGUUCAUGAGAGAGAUGUUCGAUGUGACGAAUUAACUUUAGAAUUAACCCGGUUAUUAGAAGAACGUGAUAUGCUGCAAUUGAAACUAUCAAACUCUAUUAGACAAAUUCAAUUCUUGUCUGACAAUAAGCCGCAAUCGGGUACAUCAAAUUUGCCAGAGGAAAAAUUUAAUUUGAAAACCAUGGAUGAUAAACUAGAAGAAUUGCACAGUUUAGAGUAUAGAAGAGAUGCUGAGUUGUUUAAUGAUCAAGAACAGAGACAUAUGUCUCAAAUGCAACUCCAUAAAAAUCGUCAAGAUAAUUCUAUUAUCCCAGAAGCUAAUUCACAUAAAACUACAGAAGAAGCAAAUACUGCACUAUCCUGGUUUAAAGAUAUAUUAUGGUGAAGAUAUUAAACUUGUUAACUUUAACCUCUUAAUAUUUAUUUAGUAAUAAGUAAGAUUAACUAGGUAUUGUUAUUUUGUUUUUAAUUGGAAAUAAACAUUAGUGAUUCUUA